GGUUUUCUGUUGUUGUCCUGUUGCCCUCUGUCCUGGCAUCCUGCACCCCUCUGCUGUCUUUCUUUCUUUCUCUCUCCUCCUUCACUCACACUGCCUCCGGAGUGGGACUCGACUGACUCCUGUCAGAUCUGCGGCACCGGUCUUUUGGGAGCUCCAUAGAAGCCAGAAACCAUGCUGACGUUUUUGGCGCUGGCGUCGGUUGUCCUCCUGGGAAUAGUGCCUGAGCAGUCCCAGGCCAUAGUGAUUUACACCGGCUGGGAGCGCCACGCCCUGGUGGGCUCCGACAUCCGGCUGUCCUGUUCCUUCUUCUCCUGGCGCUGGACCUCGGAGGACGUCACCUUCUCCUGGACAUACAGGCCUGAUGGCUCCCGGGACAGCAUCUCUAUCUUCCACUACACUGGUGGUGUCGCCUAUGUCGACAACAAGGGGCCAUUCAGGGACCGCGUGGAGUUUGUUGGGAACCCCAGCCGCCGUGAUGGCUCCAUCCUGAUCAAGAACCUGGAGUUCAGCGACAACGGCACCUUCACCUGCGACGCCAAGAACCCCCCUGACAUAGUGGGCCGGCCCUCCAGCGUCCGCCUGCUGGUCUUCGAGAAGGUGCCCAUCCAGGCUGGUGUGAUCACAGGAGCCAUCAUCGGGGUGGUGCUGGGUCUGCUGGUGCUCAUUGUGGUCAUCUACUACUUGAUGAGGUUCCUGGUGGCGCGCCGCGUCUUCAGCCUCAGUGUCAGCAAACAUGGCAAGAAAAAGAAAGAGGGAUCACAGCAGAGACAGGGCCCCGUGCCUCCCGCCGAACCCUCCAAGGUGAAGGCGGCCGCCUCGGAAAAGAAGAAGCAGGAGUCACGCAAGGAUAAGAAAUAGGAUACGGGGAGGGGCUGGGGCGGGCUUGCCGGCCGGCUGCUCCAGCCCGUACGCCAGGUGAUGGCGAAGGCCCAGCCUUUGCAGCAGCAGCGAACCAUAGUCAGAAAGACAGAAAAGGUGGGGGGAGGUGGGGUUGAUGGCUCGGGCCGGGUACUGAUGACCAUCGAGCUGGAGCUGACCCGCAAAAAUGAGGAGGAGAGGCCCAGUGGUGAGGAAGGGAUGAGGAGGUCCAAACCACUUGACUUCCUCUCCCAGCUCGCCAACCAGCUCACCUUCAAAUAACCGACCAAUAGGGAGGCGGGGGGAGGAGCCAUCAAGGAUAAGAGAGUGGGAAGUCUACUGAGGAGAAGGCAGCAGAGUUAAACCACAAACGUACUUUACUCCCACCACAAUGCCAACCUGAGUCCCUGAGUAAAUGAGUCAAAUCGUAUCUGCUCUUGUCACAGGCUGGUGACUGUAGACGCAGCUAUACGGGCCGAUAUCUAAGAUGUCGUGAUAAUCUCUUACAUCAGCCGGCACCCUGAGUACUUUUGUCAGGUCAUAAGAUAUGCCAUUUGAAGCGAGACCCUAAGACGGCUGGGUUUGAUAACAAAAUCUAAAAAGCUGCUCCCCGGGUUUUGCCUUUCUGGUUCCUUUCAUUGUGAUCCCAUCCACCGAAAAAGCUUUCUCCAAGUGCGUCCGAUACGCAUCACGAAUCCCAAGCUGCGGGGACAAGCCAAUUUGCUUUUUCUCGGAGGCGCCGUGUCAAACUCUAACUUUCUGCCCUCACACUGAUCUCCAUUCUUUUCCUCUCCUAUCCCAUUUCUUCCUCUUUCACUGUGAAUUUCCUGACUUUCUUGUUAAUUCAAAUUACAGAAGUGAUUUAUAUGCUAACUGCUCUAUCCUGUCUCUCUUCUUCUCUCACUUCCCUUCCCUCUUUUCUUCCUUUUCUUUCUCCUAUAGAUAAAGGUCUGACUUCUCCAUGACUGCUUCCACUCCUCUAGUCUGCUCCCUCCUUUUCUGCCCAGCCUGAUGCAACCCCCAUUAUUUCCCAUUAUCUCUACUCUUUCAAGACAGCACUGGCUGUUAGAAUAGUCCUACUAUAUCAGUGGCAGCAGUGUCAAAUAAUUUUUACAAUGUCUCAUUGGAGACCCCGUAUGCACUCAUUGGGCAAACUGUAAAACUGUUUAAGGCCUAACUACGCACAUAACAUCCUUAAGAGGAACCUGAAAGACAUCCCUCUGUGUUUAGAGUCCCCUGAAUCUUCCCCUUAAUGUUUACGACUCAAUCGCACACACUGAGCGGAGCUGUGAGUGCACUCUGGACUUCAGAUAGAGAAAAAGGGAGAGAGGAAGAGAAGCGGAGGAGAAUGAUAGUGGGAGAGAAAUAUGAUUCCUGCUCCCAGCCGGCGUAGAUAGAGGUUCAAGCCCUCGAGCUCGGGGUGAUUCAAUCCUCUCACAUUUGAGCUAAUGGAGGUUGUCGCCGUGUCCCUGCCCCGGCUAAAGGGGGCUAUUUCUGGCCCUAUAAGAGCGUACGGGCUUACUGUAACAGCUGCACAUUUUUCAGCCAAC